UGCUGAACUGGUAAGGAAAGAGUAAAAUCUGAAUUCCCAACUCUUUUUCUUUUCACAGCUGUUAAGGGUUCAGUGGGUUGAACUGCAAUCCUUCAAGUUCAUCUGUUGACUCCAACACAAAACUAUUAUAAACUGUGCCUCUAAAACACGUGAUGAAACGUUUCUUUAGAGCUAUUUAUUCCAACUGCAGCAGAGGAAAGUUUUCAGAACACCCGGCAUUUGGUAGAGGAAAGGUCUCUUGAGCUUUGCACAAGGACGAAUUAUUUGCAUACCAACAUGUUUCUUUUAAAUCUUUGAUCUGAAGUUUGACUUUACACAUACAUACACAUUCUCCUCCAGGGUUUAGCUUCUCCAUGCUGAAAAUGGACCAUGCAAACAUGACCCAAGCCAUGCUUGAUGCUGAAUCCCGCAACACAGACAAGAGCAGCAGUAAUGAGUAUUUUUACAUUCUGAUCGUCAUGUCUUUCUAUGGGAUCUUCCUGAUAGGGAUAAUGCUUGGCUACAUGAAAUCCAAAAGAAAAGAGAAGAAGUCCAAUUUGCUUCUGCUCUACAAAGAUGAGGAGAGAGAAUGGGGGGAAGCUGUGAAGCCUCUACCAACCAUAUCGGGGCUGAAAUCUGUCCAGAUCCCCAUGAUGCUGAACAUGCUGCAGGAGAGCAUGGUGCCAUCCCUGUCCUGUGCCAUCUGCUCAAUGGAAGGCAGCAGUGUGAGCUCUGAAUCUUCCUCCCCAGAUGUGCACUUCACCAUCCAGGAGGAAGUGCUGGAUGCUGAACUGGGGGAAGUGUCAGAAAUGCUCCUCAAUGAGAGCAGCGAGGGAUCUGCGGAAAACAUCCAUAAGAACUCCUAGCACUUGCAGGGCUCCCUUGAUCAGCUGCCAAAGCGUGAGUGGAGCUCCCACUAAGAACUUUUGGUUCUACUUUCCUGUUCUCCAAUGAACUCUGAACCAGGUAGCUGUGCCUCUGGGCCCAAGGUGCUCCUGAGAGCUGGCAGGACAAGAAGCAGUGGUACCCAACUCCAAAGUGUAACUUGCACGUAAUUGGGAUGCUUAAUUUCAAGUUUUCCAUUAUUAUUUCUUACCAUAAAAGCUAAGAACAAGGAGAAUAUAUAUAUUUUGUAACAAGGUAACUAUUACUGGCAUGUUCCUUCAUAUUUUGGAAUUCUGCAGAUAUCUGGGGAAUGUUUAGGGAAGUUACUCUAACACAAGUGCCUGGUUGUUAAAGAUGAUGGAUAAUGCUUAUUCACACAAAACUGUGAUAGACUAGAAGUAUUUUUACAGUGUUUUUUUUUCUAUAACAAACCACAGCCAACAGGAGAUUUGCUCAGAGGCCUCAAAAGUUGAAAAUCUGUUGAUGCUGUAGUUGAAGGAAGAUUGUAUCAUGGCUGGAGACUGACCAGCACAGAAAGAAUGAAAGAAAAAGAG